CGGCAGCCUGGACGCGCAAGCAUAUCAAAUUGCCUCUUUGCAUUAAACUUACCGGCCGUCCUCGAGCGCCGCGAGGAUCAAUCUUCCGAGGGCAUUCUUCACGCUUACUUUCAUCCAACAUCAGCGAAAGCGUCAUCAGUUCUAAGCAGAAUUCAGAUGACGGCCAGAAAUCCAUCGCUUUGAGACAAAAGUCAUCUUAGCGGCUGUGCCGGAUCCAUGUACACGACGACAUUGCCACCAGUGUGGGUAGCAGCACUAGUCGCAACAAACGGCCGCGUCAUUGAACAUUGCGUACAGCUGGACGAGGCCAUGUGAGCAGAUCGAGACUUUUCUUCUCGCUGUAUAAUACACAUACAUGGAUCGCCGCUGAGCCCUGUCCCGUGGUCGCAUCGACCUCACGUCCUGGCUCUGGCGCGUGUUUCAUUCGGGAUGCGAACUUCAGUGGCUGUCGCUUUCACCGCAAGCGUUCUUGGCACGACCGUUGACGCCAUCAACCUGGUCAAGCGCAACGAUGGCUUGCCGCCACGAGUGGUCGAGCACUCAAUACAACGCAAACACAUCGACAAUCCUUUGGCCCAUGAUCGAAGACGGCGGAAACUCCGGAAACGAGAUACAUUGGGCGUAACUCUGGACAAUGAGGAAACUUUAUACUUUGCCAAUGUUUCAAUCGGGACACCAGAACAGCAAUUCCGGCUACACUUGGACACUGGCAGUAGCGACUUGUGGGUGAAUGUAGCAGACAGCCAUGUCUGCAAGCAAAGAGGCAAUCUUUGUUCAAUAUCUGGCACAUACAGCGCCAACGACUCCUCGACAUAUUCGUAUCUCAACAGCAAUUUCAACAUUUCCUACGUCGAUGGUUCCGGAGCUACUGGCGACUAUGUGACCGACGUUGUCAAAAUCGGCGGCACCACAUUGGAAACACAGCAGUUUGGCGUGGGAUAUACGUCCAGCUCCGAGGAAGGAAUACUUGGAAUCGGCUACGCGAGUAACGAAGUGGCAGUGAGGUAUAAUGGGGGCAAGACAUAUCCGAAUGUACCGCAGAACCUGGUCGACACUGGUGCCAUCAAUUCGAACGCCUACAGCUUGUGGCUAAACGACCUCGAUGCUUCCACCGGAUCGAUAUUGUUCGGUGGCGUCAAUACAGCCAAAUACACUGGCGCCCUCGAGACCCUACCGGUUGUGAAGGAGCAAGGAGUGUACGCCGAAUUCAUCAUUGCAUUGACCGCUGUGGGUGCGAAUGGUCAAUCGGGCUCCAUCGCAAGCGAUCAAGCGAUACCGGCAUUGCUUGACUCAGGAAGCAGUCUCAUGUACCUGCCCAACGACAUCACGCAGUCCAUCUACGACAGUGUGAAUGCACAAUACGACGAGAGCCAAGGCGCAGCAUUCGUAGACUGCAGUCUUGGAAAUUCCGAUGACACGAUCGACUUCACCUUCUCGUCUCCUACGAUCAGAGUACCGUUGAACGAGCUCGUCAUCGUAGCUGGAACCGACAGAGGGCAAGAAGUGUGUAUACUGGGCAUCUCGCCAGCAGACGGCAGUACACCAGUUUUGGGCGACACGUUUCUCCGAUCUGCAUAUGUCGUCUAUGACAUUGCGCAGAACGAAAUCAGCUUGGCACAGACGAGCUUUAAUUCGACCACGAACAACAUUCUGGAGAUCACGAAUUCAUCAGGUGUCCCUGAUGCUACGAUCGUUGCCAAUGCUGUCACUGACGUGGCAGUGGCUAGCGGAGGUGCACGUAUCGGCACGAUGACUUUGGAUGCUGCAGCCCAGCCCACUGCACCACCAGCGUGGAAUUUUGCCGCUCUUGGAGCCGUCGCUGGAGCUGCUCUAUACGCGCUAUAGCGUGCCGAAGAAACGAUUUUGUUACCAGCCUGCGGAGUGAGCACAGGCUUACCGGCAUUGAUAUACCCGACAUGAAGAUGACGUUCAACUACAAUGAUACCACGACCAACAUUAGAUUACAGACGUUAGACUAGGCUACACAGAAGCGUGACAAGCCC